AUGGCAAAACCAAUACCAGACAUAAAUCUUUCUGAACUAUCAAAGUACGCCGCUAAGCCUAAAGAAGAAUCAUCGAUCUUUGAAGUCGCAGUUAAUAAGAUCAAUAAAUGUUCGUCAAGCAAGAAUCUGUUGGUAGGUACUUUCAGUGGCUGGGUGACGGGAGUUGGCGUGUCCAAAGUGGGUAAAGUUGCUGCCUUCGGUUUAGGAGGCGGGGUAAUUCUUCUCCACUUUGCCUGUGAAUUCGGAUACAUCCACGUGAACUGGGAGAAGAUAAGGGAAGGAGUAGCAAACAGUCAAGAGCUGAUGGAAAAAUUCCUUCGUUUCGUGAAGAGGAAUAGUUGCUUAUCGGUCGGAUUUAUCGGCGGAUUUUUCUUUGGAGUGGCGUCGACAUGA